UAACAAUGCGCGACAACCGGCCGUUGCCAUGACAAUCGGGCACCCCAGAUGGGGGGAUUGUGCUUUAAUUAUGGCACAUGGGAAAGCACAGUAGAGCUUGAGCUUCCCAGUGGUUAUCAGUUGAGCGGUAUUCUAUUUAAAGCACGUUGUUAGUACGGAGUACGGAGUGUUAAUACCAUUUACUUACACAAAAAUAUACUGUUGCAUACGUUUAUAUAUAGGUGUGUAUUUUUUUCAAAUGUUUAAUACACAAUUUAUUAACUACUUUUAAACAUCUACCCCAUCUACUAAAACUAACUCUAUAAGCAGAGUGAAUCAAUAAAGGUGUUAAUAGGCUGAGUUAAAAAUGUAUUCUUUCGGAAUCUUAUCAAAAAUUUCAUUACUUCUGCUGAUGCUUUUCGUAGCAUCUCGGUUGUGUGUGCUCUCUCUACCAGCCUUGGAGAAUUCGUAUCACUGCAGGUUCAUGGAUGAUUGCGACCCUUUUCUGCCUAUCUGUGCCACAUAUUCAAAUGAACACCAGUUUUUUUAUAGCCACUGUGACAUGUUGCGUGAGAUAUGCUUAACCGGCAAAGAUUGGAAAUCGGACUAUUUUAGCCAUUGUAAUGUAAGCAAACUUUAAAAACAACGCUAACUGAACGCUAGCAUAUACUUAAACACUACAACAUUUGCAAAACAAGUAAGAGGUUCUAGUCGGGAGCUCCCGACUAGGGGAUACCCUGAAUAUCAUGUUUG